UUGCAGAUUUGAGUGCUUCUGACCACCUUACCUUGCCUCCAUCCCUGGGACUUUGAACUCAGCAGCUGGACCACUUUAUUCUUGGAAUUUGGGGUUUCCUCUCUUUUUUACCUUCCCCUUCCCCUGCUUCCCUUUCCCCGUCCUGAGAACUCCAAAAGACUGAGAAAUUGUCAUGGAGUCCAGGGAAAUGUUGAACAGCUCUCGGCAAAGGGGGGGCGAGUCCGAAUUCCUGCCAGUGUCCUCCACCAAACCUCCAACCACUGCAGGCUGUGCAGAACCUUUGCUCUCUGCUUCUGGAACCGGGAAGGGAAUCCCUGUGGGUGGAGAACGCAUGGAGCCAGAGGAGGAGGAUGAACUGGGUUCAGGGCGAGACGUGGAUUCCAACUCUAAUGCGGACAGUGAGAAGUGGGUGGCUGGUGAUGGCCUGGAAGAACAGGAAUUUUCUAUCAAGGAGGCUAACUUUACAGAGGGGAGUCUGAAGCUGAAGAUUCAGACCACCAAGAGGGCUAAGAAACCCCCCAAAAACCUGGAGAACUAUAUAUGCCCACCGGAGAUCAAGAUCACCAUCAAGCAGUCUGGGGACCAGAAGGUGUCUCGCGCUGGGAAAAAUAGCAAAGCCACAAAAGAAGAGGAAAGAAGCCACUCCAAAAAGAAGCUCCUCACAGCCAGUGACCUUGCAGCCAGCGACCUCAAAGGAUUUCAGCCACAGGCUUAUGAGCGGCCUCAGAAACACUCUGCUCUUCACUAUGAUCCAGGACUCCCACAGGACUUCACCGGUGACACCUUAAAACCAAAGCACCAGCAAAAAAGCAGCAGCCAGAACCACAUGGACUGGUCCACCAGCUCUGAUAGUGGACCUGCCACUCAGAAUUGCUUCAUCAGUCCAGAGUCUGGCCGAGAAACUGCAAGCACCAGCAAGAUCACAGCUCUUGAGCCCAUAGCUUCCUUCUCCAAGGCCCAAUGUAAGAAAGGUAGUACAGGGAGCACAUGGAGUCAGUUGUCCAAUAGUAGUAAAGAGCUGCUCUUGGGAGGUGUGGUGCCAUCCCCAAGCACCCACAGCUCACCAGCACCCUCCAACAGCUCCACAGAGUGCAAUGGCCUUCAGCCCUUGGUCGAUCAAGAUAGUGGGGGUCCCAAGGAACCCCCUGAGCCUCCCACUAUAAUAAGCAGCAAGAAGAAGUCCAGUAAAAAAGAUGUUCUAAGUCAGACCAUACCAAACGCAGACCUGGAUUGGGUCAAGAAUGCCCAGAAAGCAUUUGAGACUAUCGAAGGGAAAAGGGACGGGUACUCUGCUGAGAAUGCCCAGGAGGCAUCCCCGGCCAGGCAGAAUGUGAUUUCCAUUGGUAAUCCUGAAAAUGACUCCAGUCAUGUUCGGAUUACGAUCCCUAUUAAGGCACCGUGUUUGGAUCCAAGCAACCAUAAGAGGAAAAAGAGACAGUCUAUCAAAGCCGUGGUGGAAAAGAUCAUGCCAGAAAAAGCUCUGGCCUCUGGAAUUGCUAUGAGCAAUGAAGUAGUUAGCAGGAUACUUGCCAGUUCUGAAGGAAGUAAGAAAGAUCCCCGUGUUGCGAAGCUGGGGAAAAUGAUUGACAGUGAGUCCCCCUCCAUUGGCCUGGAGACUAGCGGAAAUGCCGAGAAAAUUAUCUCAGGCAUUGUGUCUAAGCAGCGAAAGCCAUCUCUGGUCAUGACAUCUCCUACAUGCACAGACCAUUCGCCAUCAAGAAAGCUGCCGGACAUCCAUCAUCCAAAGUUUGCUGCCAAACGGAGGUGGACAUGCAGCAAACCCAAGGCCGCCAGUAUGCUCCGGGAGGCAGUCAUGGCCACCUCAGAUAAACUGAUGGUGGAACCACCGUCUGCCUAUCCCAUUACCCCCUCCAGCCCUUUGUACACCAACACAGACAGUCUUACUGUGAUCACACCAGUCAAAAAGAAAAGGGGACGACCAAAGAAGCAGCCUCUGCUCACUGUGGAGACCAUUCACGAGGGCACUUCCACUAGCCCAGUCAGCCCCAUUAGCCGGGAGUUUCCUGGCACCAAGAAAAGAAAGAGACGAAGGAGUUUAGCCAAGUUGGCCCAGCUGGUGCCGGGAGAGGACAAACCCAUGAGUGAGAUGAAAUUUCACAAAAAAGUUGGAAAGCUUGGUGUGUUGGAUAAGAAGACCAUCAAGACCAUCAAUAAGAUGAAAACCCUCAAGAGGAAAAAUAUUUUGAACCAGAUCUUAUCCUGCUCUAGCAGCGUGGCUGUGAAGGCAAAAGCACCCCCAGAGACCAGCCCUGGGGCAACAGCCAUUGAGAGUAAGCUGGGAAAGCAGAUUAACGUCAGCAAGAGAGGGACCAUCUACAUUGGCAAAAAGAGGGGCCGGAAACCGAGAGCAGAGCUGCCACCCCCAUCCGAAGAACCCAAAACAGCCAUCAAGCACCCAAGGCCUGUUUCUAGCCAGCCGGACGUUCCAGCCGUGCCUUCCACCUUUCAGUCACUUGUGGCGUCUUCACCAGCAGUUAUGCACCCACUUUCCACGCAGUUGGGUGGGUCCAAUGGCAACCUGAGCCCCGCCAGCACUGAAACCAGUUUUUCAGAGUUGAAAACGAUGCCAAAUCUCCAGCCCAUCAGUGCUCUUCCCACCAAAACUCAGAAGGGGAUGCACAGCGGAACCUGGAAACUGUCUCCACCCAGAUUGAUGGCCAACUCUCCUUCCCACCUCUGCGAGAUUGGCUCCCUCAAGGAAAUCACACUGUCCCCCGUGAGUGAAUCACACAGUGAAGAGACCAUCCCCAGCGACAGUGGCAUCGGGACAGACAACAACAGCACAUCGGACCAAGCAGAGAAGAGUUCCGAGUCCCGCCGGAGGUACUCGUUUGAUUUCUGCUCCCUAGACAACCCCGAGGCCAUCACAUCUGACACCAGCACCAAGAACCGGCAUGGCCACCGGCAGAAGCAUCUGAUUGUGGACAACUUUUUGGCCCACGAGAGCCUCAAGAAGCCAAAGCACAAGAGGAAGCGGAAAGGCCUGCAAAACCGGGAUGACCUCCAGUUUUUGGCAGACCUGGAGGAGCUCAUCACCAAGUUCCAGGUGUUCAGGAUCUCCCAUCGGAGUUACACCUUUUACCACGAAAAUCCAUAUCCCAGCAUUUUCCGGAUUAACUUGGAUCACUACUACCCAGUGCCAUAUAUCCAGUAUGACCCGUUGCUCUAUCUUCGGAGAACUUCAGAGUUGAAGUCCAAAAAGAAGCGUGGGAGGCCUGCAAAAACCAAUGACACCAUGACAAAGGUGCCUUUUUUACAAGGGUUCAGCUACCCUAUUCCCAGCGGAAGUUACUAUGCACCCUAUGGAAUGCCUUACACAUCAAUGCCUAUGAUGAACCUUGGUUACUACAGUCAGUACCCUGCUCCUCUGUACCUAUCACACACUCUGGGGGCAGCUUCCCCGUUCCUGCGGCCCACUGUGCCCCCGCCUCAGUUCCACACAAGCUCCCACAUGAAGCUGGCCGGUACUGCCAAGCAUAAAGCCAAGCAUGGAGUGCACCUCCAGGGACCUGUGGGCAUGAGCCUUGGGGAUAUGCAGCCAUCCCUGAAUCCUCCCAAGGUGGGCAAUGCGGGUCUCUCCAGUGGCCGGCUCCACAAGAGGAAACACAAACACAAGCAUAAGCACAAGGAAGACCGGCUCCUGGGCCCACAUGAUAACCUGAGUGGUUUGUUUGCAGGCAAAGCCACGAGCUUCUCCAGUCACCUCCUGAGUGAGCGACUGGGCAGCGCAGACAAAGAUCUGUCCUUGGUGGGGGAGAAGACAAAGCAUAAAGAGAAGCAGAAGCACCAGCACAGCGAAGCCAGCCACAAAGCAUCGAAGAGCAGCUUUGAGGUGGACACCCUGUCCACGUUGUCGCUGUCUGAUGGCCAGCACUGGACACCAACCAAGGACAAAGGGGACUUGAGCAGCGAGUCUGUGGAAGUGUGCACCAAGCGGUACUCUGGCAGUGCAGGAGAUGGCGGCAGCUCAAGAUCAGAGAGCCUGGAUGUGUUCAGUGAGCUGAACCCUUCACCUGACAAGUGGGACAGUGACUUGAGUGGGAGUAAGAGGCGGAGCUAUGAAGGCUUUGGGACAUACAGGGAAAAGGACAUACAGGCUUUCAAGAUGAGCCGCAAGGAGAGAAGUUCUUACGACUCCUCCCUGUCUCCAGGAAUGUCAAGUCCCCACUUAAAAGUGGACCAGACGGUGUCACAUAGUAAGAAUGAAGGCUCAUCAUCCACCAUGAUGACCAGGAAGAAGCCAGCUGCAGUGGACAGUGUUGCUCUUCCACCGACCCCAGUGUUAUCCCUACUUGCUGCUUCUGCAGCAGCACCAGAUGCAGCCAGCUCCUCCCUGAAGAAGCGAUUCAAGCGGCGGGAGAUCGAAGCCAUCCAGUGCGAGGUGCGCAAGAUGUGCCACUACACCAAGAUCCUGUCCACCAAAAAGAACCUGGACCACGUGAACAAGAUCCUGAAGGCCAAGCGGCUGCAGAGACAGGCCAAGACGGGCAACAACUUCGUCAAGAAGCGGCGAGGGCGGCCUCGCAAGCAGCCCAGCCAGUCGGACGAGGACCCCGGGGACCAGAUGCCGGUGCUGGAGAAGUGCGUCGACCUGCCCAGCAAAAGGGCGCAGAAGCCCAGCCUGGGGCCCCUGGCGCUGGAGGCCGCCGCCGGCCAGGACGCCGUGAUGGCCACGAUCGAGGCCGUGGUCCACAUGGCCCGGGAGGCGCCGCCCCCACCACCCCCGCCGCCGCCGCCCAAGACCCCCAAGACUCCCAGGGGCGGCAAGAGGAAACACAGACCCCCGCCGCCGCCGCCGCUGCAGCCGUCCCCGUCCCCGCAGCCGUCCCCGCAGCAGCCCCUGCCCCAAGAAGAGGAGGGCAAGGCCAAGAGGCAGAGGAAGGCCCGGGCGGGCGACAGCGACGGCCUCGCCUAGGGCCAGGGCACCCUGGCGUCGAGAUUGCGGGGCGCGGACACUGGGAACUAACUGCAGAGUCGAGUCGGGGACCCGCGCGUCCUCCUGCCCUUCUCUCCAUCGC